GGUUUUCGCUGCCCUUCUGCUGUAUACACGAGGAUGUGAUCGGCGCCGCCAUGACAGCACACGCUGCUUCUCACAGCAUUAAAGGCAGCCGGGCCUCAGCUGUCUGCCAGGUACGGCUCGCUCCACAGCCACACCUUCACCAUGCAGUCGCUCCUUGUAUCGCUCCUCGUCGCCGCCAACGCAGCUGGUGCAGUAGCCAGUUCGUCCGUCUACGCCAGCUCGUCGUUUAACCCGCUGCGCCAUCUGGCGGGUAUUGCGCCCUACUUCGAGGACCCCCAAAGCGACCCCAAACCCCCCCAGGGCUGCAAUGUCACGCGGGCGGCGUAUCUGAUUCGCCAUGCCGCCAUCUACGCCAACGACUUUGACUACGAGGAGUACAUUGAGCCGUUCACCGACAAGCUGAAGAACACGACGGCCGACUGGCGCAGUGCGGGACCCCUGGGCUUCCUGGCCAAAUGGCAGUCGCCCAUCAGCGACGAGGAGCUCGAGGACCUCACGUCGAUUGGCAGGCUGGAGUCGUACAAGCUGGGCGUGGAUGUGCGCCUGCGGUAUCCCUCGUUCAAGGACCCCAAGAAGGUGUGGACGUCGACGGCGGAGAGGACAGAGCUCAGCACGUCUUCGUUCAUCGACGGCCUGGUUGCGGAGAGCAACAACACGAAGCUCGUUGCCGUGCGCGAGGAUGCUGCCCGCGGCGCGGAUUCUCUGACUCCGUACAAGGGCUGCCCCAAGUACAGCUCUUCUUACGGCAGCAAACAGUCGUCGCAAUUCCAAAAGACGUAUACCAAGCCCAUUAUGGGCCGCAUGAAUGCGUAUGCACCUAGCUUCAACUUUACAGCUAGCGACAUUGUCGCUAUGCAGCAGCUGUGCGGAUACGAGACGGUCAUCCGCGGCUCGUCGCCGUUCUGCUCUCUCGAUGUCUUUUCCCAGGACGAGUGGCUUUCGUUUGAGUAUAUGAAUGAUAUCAUGUACUUUUACAACACCGGAUACGCAAGCGAGCAGCUCGCGGGCACCCUUGGGCUUCCCUGGCUCAACGCUUCUGCCGAUGUGCUGCUCUCCGACGACGCCGACCAAGACCUGUACGUCUCCUUUACGCACCGCGAGCUGCCUCCAACCGUUGCUGUCGCAAUGGGCCUGUUCAACAACAGUGCCUACUCGGGCGCCAACGACCCCAACGCCACGAUGCCGCUUGACCGUCCCAACCACGGCCGCGUCUGGCGCUCCUCCAGGAUCCUACCUUUCCUGUCCAACUUUGCCAUUGAAAAGAUGUCAUGCGACAGCUACGGCUUCGAAGCCGACGACUACUUCCGCGUGCUCGUCAACAAGGACCCGCAGCAACUCACGUGCGCCGACGGCCCGGGAGGCAGCUGCUCCAAAAAGGCAUUCCACGACUUUAUCCAGGACAAGAAGACGCGCUUUGGCGGCUUCACGCAGUUUUGCGAGCCCGAGUACAAGAACUCGACCAAUGUGCUGAGUAUUUACAGCAGCGAUAAUUAGAUGUAUUUUUAAUGUAAUACUUUUCUUCC